AUGCCUGUGUUUCCACAUGGUAGAUUGGUGAGAAACAAUGUGGAUGAUAAGUGGACAACACACCUUCUAUCCAAACAUUUCUACUCCGAGAAGGUUUAUGAUGAUUCAUCCUCAGACCAGCCAAAAUUAAGGUGGCGUCACCGAAAUUUUUUUGCUGACAAUGGUGCUCCUCAGAGGUCACAUGUCAGUGAUUCUUCUGAUGACAAGACUGAUUCAGAGAAGACUGAUACAGAGAAAAUGGAUGUGGAGCUGAAGCAAGUUUCUGUAAGAAUCCCUGACUAA